AUCAGAGAUCGCCUAUAUGGAUUAUAUGAUGCUGUGAGAAAUAAAUUAUUAUCAUCUUUAAACCAAUUCCCAUAUGUGUCCAUAACAACUGAUGGGUGGUCAUCACGCGCUAAUAAUUCAUUUGUAACUAUUACUGUCCAUGGUAUUGAUGAUCAGUGGAAUUUGUCCUCUUUUACCUUAGACACAUUAGAAAUGUUAGAAAGUCAUAAUGCCACAAAUACAUACAACCACCUGGCUAAAGCAUUGAAUGAUUGGAAUCUUUAUGACAAAGUGAUUGCAGUCGUACACGAUAAUGCGCGGUACAUGGUUGCUGCUGUACAAGACAGUUGGGAAGCUGAUGAUGAUAUCGAGAUAAGUGUCCGCUGUUUCUGCCACACUCUACAGUGUGCUUUAAAAGAAUAUUUUGUAUUUUCGAAUGAAAAAAAUUUGAGUGGAGUUUCUGGCACCCGAAUUACAGCUGUACGCAGAGACACCUAUACUCAAAUACAACUGUACUCCAAUCGUUCGACGCGUUUAUUCCAUGACAAGACAACUCAAUAA